UGUUGCCUCAUUUGACGAGUCCGGUGUUAUCCUACAGGACUACGACGGGCUGAUGGCGGAAUGGCAAGCGGCAGGACGUAGGCUGGCUCUGGAAAUGUCGGAGCUGAAGGAAUGCAGCAGCGUGUCCGGCACGUUGACGCCUCUCGGCCGACUGCUGACGGAUCCAACACUGAGAAGAACGUCGCGAGACGCGGAGGUGGCGAUCGGCUCGCUGGAGGAACGCGCGGCACCGCUUCUGCACCUCGAGCACGUCAGAUUGUCGGUGAAACGGGCACGCAGGUUAGUGGAGGAAGUUAGCAACGCAGCCACCAGACUCGAGUCGUCGUUCGAGUCCAGACGCGCCACCAUUCGGAACCUCGCGGUCCUCAGGAGUAUCGAAGAUCAGGCGCAC